AGGAAAAUGAGGGUUAGACACUGAAACGGUUUAUUGAAUUGAGCAUCAAUUACCCCCGAUCAGGUAUUGCUACACUAGGUGUGCUUAUUACUGAAAUUUAUUCCCGAUUGAGAAGCUGGGGUUUUACCUGGCACGUUCAUCCGUCGUAACUUCCCGAACAUAGUUCCACAGAAUACUGUUAGCAAUGUAUAUGGUCAAGCCUACAAUGUAUAAAUGAUGUGGCCAUACACAUUGAUAUAUGAUGGGUGUGAAUGAUGAUUUCUCUGGAAGCACACAAACUUGCAUGCUUGACGAGUAAACCAUGGAUCCUGCCUGUUACAUGGGGGUCGAUAUAACAUGAAGUUAGCAACCACACUGCUACAAAGCUUUGUUGAACGUUCUGGUUGUAACUUGCGGUAAGCCUAGUGCUUGGUGUGGGUGUGCGUGAGCAUCAAGUUGUGGUUGGGCAAGAAAUUUUAACAUAUGUUGCAUCAAACAAUACUUUUAUGAAGGAAAUCUGCCAAAAUUGGGUCUUUGUUUUCGGAUUGCCGAAUUAUCGAAGAAGUUGGAAAUGUCCUGUUCAGGAUUUUCAUUCCAAUUUGCUUGCAUGCAAUUACGCAGGGUGGCUGUGGAGAUCUUUAAAGUUGGGAGCUCUUGCUCGUCAGAGCAUGACAUUUUCUGUAACCGAGUGGGCACAGGAGGUUGAGGUGGAGCAGUUAAUUUACAUGCUUAUCAGUGGCGAAUGCAAGAAUCUCCGCUAUGUUCCGUUCAUAUCCUUGCGAAAGGUACCUGUUCUUUUAGCAUCUACGUGUAGACGUCGAGAAAUACCAGGAAACCAUAGACGAAUGAGCAUCAAUUGUUGCAUACCGCUGCACCCUGGAGUAUGUUAAGUGAUGGUAUCUUGCAUCAUUUGUGAGUUUAUAUUGCAGUACUACACUGGCUAUUUCACGUGUGCGACAAGAACGGAGUAAUUCAUGCCUUCUCGCUGAGUUUUCAGACAUGAGAGGCCUGAACCGAUUUGAGAUUUCUGUAGCUGUCUAGCAUGUCAUGUAAGUCCCUGUCCAUCAGGACCUGUGAGGAUAUAUCUUAUCCUGGGAGCAUCGACAGCAGUUUUGGGUAAGACUCUGAUUGUUGGCUUACUGUAAAUACCAAUUCUACCAUUGAUGGAUAAAAACAGCAGUGAUAGUGGCUCAUUCUUGGACCGCUUUUAUGAUAGCCAUGACAGUGGCCUACUUGGGCUGCACUCUUCUGACUCAACAUCCCACUUUGACAACGAUAGAGACGACUUCGUUGAGGGUAGGUUUACAAGUCCUCAGUGACAAUAUCACAUUGGGAUCCAGACCUGAACAGUAACAACGGCUUGAUUAAGGGUGAGCUUGAGCUAAAGUCUUGCUGAUGACCCAGUGAUGGAUUCAAAACGACUGCCUUGGAUUAUCACAAACAAUCCCUUGUCUCAUUUCUCUUUUGCAGCGCUGCAAUGCUUCCCAGAGACAACUCUGAUGCAAACAAGGGAAACAUCCGCAACCACUCUGUUGCUAUAAAUCUCUGUUCUGUUUUUUCUGCGAUGCUCCACAUUCUGGUAUCUGUUACAGCAUCGACAACCACAGAGUCACGGCCUUCCCUGUCGACGACACAUGAACAGACUGACCCAUCGGUUUGAAGCGAGCCAAUCACCAACCUAUAAGGUGGACCUUCCUGCAGAGGUCAAAAAGUGUGCCAACAGUCAUGGACGUGGUGCCUGCAGAAGGAGUUCGACGUAACCAACACCUUCAGCAAGUGGAUGUUCUUACUCUGUACACCAAUGCAAUGUUAACACAAAGAAAAGAAAAGAAAAGAAAAACAAAACAAAACAAAACAAAAAAUAAUGGUAGAUUCAAAUCCUGCCUCACAGUAAAGUUCAAGGUGCAAUACAAAUGAAGCCGGAUAUGUAUGAGAUGCAAAAUCACACUGGCAGAGAGGUACCAACUGCCUCCAAAGUAAUCCUGUCUUAUCAAGUUGGGGGGGUCCUACCACAUGAUUUUUAAUCCCCGGAGAGGUGAAUUCAUCACAUGCCAGAUCCUGCAGUGCACUCACUCGUGGGGCUGAGUACUUGGGUGAUGGUCUCGGUGACACCACUUCCAUGACCCUGCUGCAGGAUUGCAUGUGCUGUUUGCUUGCAUGUGGGGUACUAACUUAGUGGUGCAAACUUGUACAGCUGAGAAGGGAAACAAUGUUGCAGUGUUUUCAGGCUUGACUUGGUCAUCCAAUGGAACCAUUGAGGUGGUCGAGACCCAAUCAAGGGAAACCAUGGCUGAUAGAGAUUGACAUGAAUUGAGUCUCCAAUGAAUAGCCUUUGUUGUGAGAAAUACUGCUGUAAGGCUCUUUAGAACAUUUGGCAACAUGCUAUGAAAGUAGGGAUGAGAGCCCAUUCUUUUUUAUAAUGUUUUGUGUGACACUUGGUAUGUUUUGGUUUUUUCAUCUAUGUGCAUUGAAGAAUUUUGUGGGUACACUUUGUUGCUUGAAAGGGUAUAAUACAUGUUUUAGAGGUC